AUGUUUUUUUACUCUCUUUUCGCAAUCGGCCUGGCGCCAUUGCUUGCAAACGCCGAUUUGAGCGGCUCCGUCGGCCCAACAACCUCCGCCGCAACAAAAUCCGCCAGCAAGGUCUGCAAUGUGCUCGACUACGGUGCCGUGGCAAGCAAGUCGCACGAUAUCGGUUCGGCUCUUAACUCCGCCUGGGUUGCUUGCCGAGACGGUGGUGUGGUCUACAUCCCACCUGGAGACUACGGGUUCUCUUCAUGGGUUACUCUUAGCAGUGGUAAAAACACUGCCAUCCAGUUGGAUGGUAUCCUCUAUCGGACUGGUACUGAUGGUGGAAACAUGAUCAUGGUUAAGCACACCACCAACUUCGAGAUGUUCAGUUCAACAUCUAAGGGUGCUAUCCAGGGGUUGGGAUAUGAGUUCCACAAGUCUGGUUCGACUAGUGGUCCUCGUCUCUUGCGACUGUUUGAUGUUACUGACUUCUCCGUUCACGAUAUUGCUCUUGUUGAUUCCCCCGUCUUCCACUUGUCGCUUGAUACUUGUGAAAACGGUGAGGUUUACAACGUUGCUAUUCGCGGUGGUAACAAGGGUGGACUUGACGGUCUUGAUGUUUGGUCUACUAACAUCUGGAUUCAUGAUGUCGAGGUUACCAACAAGGAUGAGUGUGUGACUGUCAAGAGCCCCGCUAAGAACAUCUUGGUCGAGAACGUCUACUGUAACUGGAGUGGUGGCUGUGCCAUGGGCUCCCUUAGCACCGACGUCGAUAUCUCCGACAUCACCUACCGCAACAUCUACACCUGGAAUUCUAAUCAGAUGUACAUGGUCAAGAGCAACGGUGGCAGCGGCAAUGUCGAGAACCUCCUGCUUGAGAACUUCAUCGGCCACGGCAACGCCUACUCCCUCGACAUCGACGGUGCCUGGAGCAGCAUGAGCCAGGUCUCCGGCGACGGUGUCCAGUUGACCAAUGUCACAGUCAAGAACUGGAAGGGAGCUGAAGCCAACGGUGCCCAGCGCGGCCCCGUCAAGGUCAAGUGCGCCGCCAAAACCCCCUGCAAGGACAUCACCAUUGAGGACUUCGCCAUGUGGACCGAGUCCGGCUCUUAUCAGGUUAACACCUGCGAGAGCGCCUACGGUUCCGGUGAAUGCCUAAAGGAUAGCGAGGAUUACACUUCGUACACCACCAGUGUCACCGUCAAGUCUGCCCCUACUGGCUACUCCGCUGCUACUAUGGCUUCGGAUCUGACCGCAGCUUUCGGUACUGCCUCGUCUAUCCCUAUUCCUACCAUUCCUACUUCGUUCUACCCUGGCGCUACUCCCUACAGCUCUCUUGCUGGCGCCCAGGCUACUUCGACAUAG